AUGUUCAAUGAAGUUAAACAACUAGGAUUGUCAGGAAACAACACAAGCACUCAAACUAACUUUACUAAUGUUGGUCUUUUGUGUAACGGUCCGGUAGAGGGUGCGUAUGGUCCGCAACAUAGCCCAGUGUCGCGGUCCGACGCUUCCACAGAGGACGCGGAGCUCUCCGCUGCGCUUGCGCACCAACACCAUCUCGCUAUGCAGGCGGGCGAUUACCCUGUCGGCAGUGGUGUGGAGCCGGACUAUGGACAGUACGUGUCGUCCCCCGCCGCUCAUUACAACCACAUGGGGCACCUCACUAUGGCGCCGUCACAGAAGUAUCCUCAUGUAAUGGAAGCAGUGUCCGUGGGUAGCGGGUAUGCUGGCGGUGUAGGUGCGGGCACAGGUAGCGGUCAUUACGGUACAUACGCACACUACGGGGCUGCGUACCCCGCACAACCAGCCUACCUCGUUGAUCCCCAAGUACCGGCGUAUAUGGCUCAGGAGUAUGUAGAAGGUGGAGGUAGUGCCUCACCUCGCAGUGCUUCUCCAGGAGCCCUACCGCCACAACACAAUCUACAUUUGCAACAGAGGUACGAUUCAGCGUCUCUAGAGCAAUUGGGUCGGCAUUACUGCAUGACGUCACCGCGAGGUGAAUACGCAGGCGAUGCGUACGCGUAUCAACACUAUCCCGCUGCGUAUGAACCUCCGCACCAGCCACCGCCUUUUAAGGACUCUCAAAAUGGUCUCAGUUUGGGAAGUACAGGCGGUCAAUCGAUGUACGGCGAUGAAGAGGAGCUACAGAAACAAAUGGCUGGAAUGGCAUUAGUUCACGGGGGUGUCGGAGUCGGUGUGGGCGGUCGCGAAGACGGCGGUGGGUUGCAGUGGAGGGACCCGAACCUACCCGAAGUAAUUGGCUUCCUCAACUCUCCCUCGGACGUCGUCAAGGCGAACGCCGCGGCUUACUUGCAACAUCUUACCUACAUGGACGACCCGAAUAAACAGAAGACUAGGAGCUUAGGUGGAAUACCCCCCCUAGUGCGGCUGGUGUCACACGAGAAUCCGGAGGUGUGUCGUAACGCGUGCGGCGCGCUUCGCAACCUGUCGUACGGUCGACAGAACGACGAAAACAAGCGAGCCAUCCGCGACGCGGGCGGCAUCCCCGCGCUAAUGGCGCUUCUGUGCCGCACCACCGACAUGGAGGUAAAAGAUCUAGUGACUGGCGUGAUAUGGAACAUGUCGUCGUGUGAGGACCUCAAGCAAUCUAUCAUCGACGACGCUGCACAAGUUAUUGUCAACAAAGUAAUCAUACCGCAUUCCGGAUGGCAUCCCACCAACCCUGGCGAUACUUACUGGUCCACUGUGUUCCGCAACGCGUCGGGCGUGCUGCGCAACGCGUCGUCGGCGGGCGAGUACGCGCGGCGGCGCCUGCGCUCGCUGGGCGGGCUGGUGGAGGCGCUGCUGCACGCCGUGCGCACCGCGCUCGCCGUCAACGCCAUCGGCACCAAGGUCGUGGAGAACUGCGUCUGCGUGCUGCGCAACCUGUCCUACCGGUGUCAAGAAAUAGAAGAUCCACUUUACGAUACCAGAGCUCCCCCCACACAGUCUUCCGGACAAGCAAGGAUACAAGCUAGUGCGUCGAAAGUUCUUUUUUUCAAUACCCCAAAAUGUGAAAACUUGGGCUGCUUUGGGGGCAGUAAAAAGAAGAAAGAAGGGUCCUCAUCUUCAAAUUCAACCAGUCCGCUUGGUAAAAGUGAGAACCCAGAACCUCAACAGCUCGACAAUAACACCAACACACAAUUAGGUUACAGUGUUCCCAAGGGCACUGAAUUACUCUGGUCGCCAGAGGUAGUUCCGCUGUACAUGGCACUGCUACAAACAUGUUCGAACCCUGAAACAUUGGAGGCGGCCGCGGGAGCUUUGCAGAACUUAGCGGCUUGUUACUGGCAGCCUUCUAUUGAUAUACGAGCCGCUGUUAGGAAAGAGAAAGGGUUACCAAUCCUAGUGGAAUUACUACGGAUGGAAGUGGAUAGGGUGGUUUGCGCGGUAGCCACGGCCCUUCGAAACCUCGCCAUAGAUCAAAGGAACAAGGAGUUGAUCGGUAAAUACGCCAUGCGGGAUUUAGUGCAGAAGUUGCCCAGUGGAAACCAACAGCACGAUCAGGGCACAUCGGAUGACACGAUAGCGGCAGUACUGGCGACACUGAACGAAGUUAUUAAGAAGAGCGCGGAAUUUUCACGUUCUUUGCUCGAAGCGGGCGGAGUCGAGCGACUUCUUAACCUCACUAAACAGCGUCACAGACACACACCGAGAGUUCUCAAGUUUGCAGGACAAGUGCUGAUGACGAUGUGGUCGCACGCGGAACUGCGCGAGGUGUACCGCAAGCACGGCUGGCGCGAGGCGGACUUCCUCACACCGGCGCGCGCCGCCCAGCCGCGCGCGCCCUCCGCCGCCAGCGGUCAGGGCACGCCGUCGGGCGCGCCGCACUCGCCGGGCGCCGCCAACAGCACGCUGAGCCGGCCCAUGGGCUCCACGGGCGGCACGCGCUACGAGGACCGCACCAUCCGGCGGCAUCGCGAGAACGAUGAUACGCCGGCUAUGGAAGCAAAUUACGCGGAUGGAUUAGGGAUGGGCAAUCCAAACGGCCGGCCCAUGAACUUGCAAGGAGUCCAAGCUCAAAUGCCUCCACCAAGCAGCCGCUAAACAUCGCACUAACCUUUUCGCCUGUUCAUCUGGUCUAGAAAGAGUAAGACUAUAAGCAGGAUUCUGUUUUAUAACCUAAGACAGCGUUAAAUUGGAUAUUGUAUUUAACUUUGCAAUUUAAUAAUCUUUGACGGUGCAUUGGUCUCUGCAAAUUUGAUUUUUGUAUUUAGUUUGCAAAUGAUAGACGUCAUGUGUCGGUGCACAGAUUGUUAUUUUUUGGAAAAGCCAUGAAGUAUUGUCUCUUCGAAGUUUUUUAGUUUAUUUUUUAUUUUCUUUUAGCCAAUGUCAGUCUUCGGCCAUGUAAUGGAAUAAGUGGUAAUAAUAAUAAUAA